AUGUCUACUUCCGUUAUUGCCCUGCUUGCCAUCGAAAAACUUAACGGCAAAAAUUACACACAAUGGAAAACAAACCUUAACGCGAUACUCGUGGUAGAUGAUCUUAGGUUCGUCUUAACUGAGGAGUGUCGUCAACCUCCCACGCCUAAUGCAGUCCGAGCCAGUCGGGAUGCUUAUGACAGAUGGAUCAAGGCCAAUGACAAGGCCAAGGUCUAUAUUUUUGCCAGCAUAUCCGAUGUGCUGGCUAAGAAGCAUGAUAGAAUGGUUACCACAAGGGAGAUCAUGGACUCAUUGCGGGACAUGUUUGGACAGCAGUCCAUUCAAGCCUGA